GAAACAGAAACAAAAGGGAGAGAAUAAUUUCCUUAAACCAGAACAGGGAUAUACUAUACUUGUCCCCAAUCUGAAGUAAGGCAUCAAAGCUCAAAGGCACCCCCACUCCAUCGUCACCCAAACAUAUAUCAUAACAUUCCCAUCAAACUUCAAAACCAAACCCUAAAAAUUGGAAUUCAACUUCAAUCUUCAGAAAAACCCUAAAAAAAUUUAUAAACCAUUCAACGUAAUCUCUUUUAUUUUGCUUUAAAAGAAAAUAAAUUUCUGUUAAUUAGCCCAAUUCCCACCAUCAACAACUCAUGGACCUUCAACGCGCUAUGCUAGAUGAACUCAUGGGUGCAGAAAUCUGGGCUUGUUUGUUUUGUUAAAGAUCGUAAUUUGACGGAGGAAGAGAGAAAAGACUACAAGGAAAUAACAUGGGAUUCAAAGGAGGUUUGUGCCUAUUACAUGGCCCGAUUUUGUCCCCAUGACCUCUUUGUCAACACCAAGAGUGAUCUUGGACCAUGUGAUAGAGUGCAUGAUCCAAAGUUGAAAGAAAGCUUUGAGAGGUCCCCAAGACAUGAUGCAUAUCUGGCCAAAUUUGAAGCUGAACUUGCUCUGAGAUGUGAGAAAUUGGUGUUGGAAUUGGAUAGAAGAGUUAGGCGUGGACGAGAACGCCUAGCUCAAGGGGAUGAACCAAUAGCACCUCCUCCGCUGUCAGCUGACAAGUCUGAACGGUUAUCUGUGGUGGAAGAGAGAAUAAAAAACCUACUGGUGCAAGUGGAAGCCCUCGGUGAAGUUGGGAAGGUGGAUGAAGCUCAAGCCCUUAUGAAAAAGGUGGACGAACUUAAUGCUGAGAAAGCACUGAUUCAAUCCCAGAAUGAUAAAGUAUUGGUGGUUCCACAGGAGAAAAAGAUGGCUUUGUGUGAGAUUUGUGGUUCUUUUCUAGUUGCGAAUGAUGCUGCAGAGAGAACUCAGUCUCAUGUCACGGGGAAGCAGCACAUUGGAUAUGGGAUGGUCCGGGAUUAUAUCACCGAGUACAAGGAAGCUAAGGAGAAGGCAAGGGAAGAGGAAAGACUAGCAAGGGAAAAGGAAGCCAGAGAGCGGAGGAAACUGAGGGAGAAAGAAUAUGAGAGUAGUAGUAGGAGGAGUGAUUCAGGUGAUAGGGAUCGGUAUAGAGAAAGGGAGCGGGACCGAGAUCGUGAUAGGUCAAGGAACUGGAAUGGUAGGGGCAGUCGAGGUGAUUGGAGGACUAGGAAUGGAAGAGAUGAUGGGAAGGAUAGGCACCGUGAUCGGAGCAGGUCACAUUCCCCUGUUAGGCAUGAUCGCGGGAGGUCACCUAGAAGUCCAGUUCGCCCAUAUUAGAGGAUUAUGUUGAUAUAUAUCUGAGUUUAAAAUCAUGAGGUAGACAUUUUUAAUCUCAAAGUUUCAUAAACAUGUGCUUUUGGAGUCUCACAUCAAUUGUCAUCAUGAGUGAAUUUUUUCUUGUUAUCUCACAGCUUUAUUGAGAGUUUACCUCUCUUUCAUCAAAUAUUUUUAGAGGAGAAAAGGGUGGAGGUAGGUAUUACUUAAUGCUUUUGUGACUACUUUAUGGUUGAACUAUAUUUUUUUUAUGCAUUUGUCUCUGUAGCAUUGCUUCAGAAUCUAGUAUUUGUCUUCUAUCUUUCUUCAUUGAUGUUCUCAUGUACUUAAGAGGACAGAUUCAAAAUAUGUGCUUGAGUGGCACUGCUGCUGAUACUGAUGAUGGUUUAAUGUCUCAAUCUCUAGGUAACAAAUAAAUCUUAUUUUCUAACAACUCGCGUCGAUAGGCAGACCUCUCCUUAUCAUAGACUUUUUUUUUCCAGAAACCCAAAGUUGGACUAUUUUUUAUUGCAACCGCUGCUUGGUUAAUUAGACAGGGAAAGAAAUUUGGGAAUCGCAAGCCCUGGUGCUAUUAACCAUGUCCCAUUUCAAGUGAGCUUGCAUUUCAUUGUUAGUUCAUUGAUGAUCUAGUAGGUAGGAAAGCUCAAAUCCCCAUUUAUUUUGCCUUUGCCAUUGUCACAUGAAACUCAAAGUGACUGAGUGGUGUGAGCGCUUUGCAAAUAAAUAGGCAGUCUUUGAGGCCAGUAGAUUGUGUUUUUGGGUGGGUGGAUGACCAGGAAACCUUAACUACUCAGUUUCAUGGGAUAGCAGGUUUUUUGUUUUACAUAGUGCGUGCCUUCGGAGUAAAAAUUUCAAAAGCCAGGACCGGCCAAGUAUAGGUAACUGCCCUUUACAGUAUUUUUUAGAGCUCAGAUGUCUCCUAAAAAACUCAAUUGCUUGAACAGUAUUUUUUGUAUGCUUGCUUGAAAAUCUACUUCAGUGGACUGGAAUCGGAUGCACUUUAACUUGAAAUGGUGCGGUACCUCGAGGUAACUUAAAUCUAUAUGAUAUAUCAAAUAGCGUAUUUCUGUUCCAGCCUGCAGGAAAGACAUGUAAUCGGUUGAGAACUUGGAUGGCAGAGUUGCCGGGGGUAAGUAAGGACCUGAUGUGAUUUGGGGAUGUUUUGUGCAUGGGAAUGGGAUAUUAAAAUCUGGCUGUUGCCAUCUUAUUGAAAUUGAACAAUGUCAGUGGAAAAUUUGUAAUGACAAUUUGCGGUUGGAAAGUUUUGCGACCUUGCAUUGCUUGGACUAAACUAAUGUUGUAAUUCUAGCAUAUGGAUUUUGUUUCAUUUUCCAAGCGUCAUAUCAUUCCGAAAGCUUAUGAUCAAUACAAUCCCUUGUACAACUUUCUGCU